GGUUAUCGAAACAUCAUGGAAAAUUGUAGCGAAAAUGCAAUCGUACUUAAAACAGGUAUCGAGAAGAUUGACCGAUUCAACAUUGUAUCGAAGGACAUUGGUGUGCCAUUAGUAGCAUUCUCUCUAAAAGACCAUACCAAUUACACUGAGUUUGACAUUUCGGAUAUGCUACGACGUUUUGGGUGGAUUGUUCCUGCUUAUACCAUGCCACCUGAUGCGCAACACAUUACAGUCUUACGUGUAGUUAUAAGAGAAGAUUUUUCGCGUACUCUAGCAGAACGGCUUGUUUUGGACAUAAUAAAAGUUCUGCAAGAACUCGACAACACGUCCGCAAAACUUAUUGUGAAGAUAAAUAAGCAGAUUUCUGAUAAUUAUGAGAAACAAGUUCAAGAAAAUGGGAAAACUUUGGUGAAGAAAACAGAAGUGGAAACUCAGACAGAGGUUAUUAAUAAAUUGAAAAAGAUGGUGUUGUCUACUAAGACUAAGGGAAUAUGUUGAUUGGAGAUUAACUGAUGAAUAUUUAGGCUUUAUUUUCUAGUUCAGUAAGUUUAUUUUGAGGAUUGAUCAUAAUUGUUUGUCAGUCGGGACUCAGUAGUUUACUGUUUUGCAUAGCAAAAGUUUGGAGAGAGUUCAUGAUGAUCCAUUUUGAGACGUAGUAUAUUAUUUUAAUUUCCAGUAUUGAUUUUCAUUGUAAUAUGAUAUUCAAUAUAUGCCAAAUAUAUUUUGAAAUAACUUUGAUCCUAA